CAUGGAGAGCAUGCACUUCAGAGUCCAAGCACGGUUCAUUGAUUUGAGAAGAGCGCCUCGCAGCAGAAGACAUUGGCAUUGGCAGUACGCGGAACCACCAUUUGAAUAACGCCAUAAGGCAGCGGUCCACAGGCAUUGCCUGAGAUCUAAAAGGUUGACUGAGCAAGUGCAGUGGUUGAUGGCGGCAUCUUCGGCCUGCUUUGCCGCGGGCGUCCAUUUGGGGCCCCUCAAAGGACUUCAAUGUCGGCAAAAUGCUGAUGCUGUUGCUGGCCCUCGAGAGGCUACUGCCCUGCCCUCGUGCUUUCUGGGGCAGAGGAUAGACACGAGGGCCUUCAAUGCAGAACCGAGUCUUAGGCAAAAUGUGGGUAAGGUGCAAAGACGAGCGGGGGUGGUCAGGGCUGGGAAGACUAAGAAGAGCCGGGAGGACAGGGACCCUAACUACCCCUGGCCUGAGGAGGUUAGCAAGGCGCAGGGGUUCCUGUCGUUCUUGUCAAAGUUCAAAGACUCGGAUCCUGAUCGCAAGAUCUUAAAGCUGCCCUUUGAGAAGGAGCUGGAUGAGAUGGAGAAGAGUUAUCUGGAGAUCAACGAGAUGGCCAGGAGGACGGGGGAGAUUGCAGAUUUCCAAGCGGUACUGCGAACAAUGGAGGAGAAAAUGCACAAGCUGCGGGUGAAGAUCUACUCCAACUUGUCGCCGGUGCAGCGGUUGAGCGUCGCACGGCAUCCAAACCGGCCGACGUUCCUGGACCAUGUUUUGAACAUCACUGACAAGUGGGUUGAGUUGCACGGCGACCGGGGGGGCUACGACGACCCUGCGCUGGUGUGCGGUAUUGGGGAGAUCGACGGCAUGUCCUUUAUGCUUAUGGGGCAUCAGAAGGGGCGCAACACCAAGGAGAAUAUUGCGCGUAACUUCGGCAUGCCGACGCCGAACGGGUACCGAAAAGCGCUGCGGUUGAUGCGGCACGCGGAGCACCACGGCUUCCCCAUCCUUACGUUCAUUGACACCCCAGGGGCGUAUGCGGGCGUCUCUGCGGAGGAGCUGGGUCAGGGGGAGGCGAUUGCGCACAACUUGCGGGACAUGUUUGGUCUGACGGUGCCGAUCGUGACGACGGUCAUUGGAGAGGGGGGUUCUGGGGGCGCGCUCGCGAUCGGGUGCUGCGACCGCAUGGUCAUGAUGGAGAACGCCGUCUACUACGUGGCGUCGCCCGAGGCGUGCGCGGCAAUUCUGUGGAAGACGGCCAAGGCGGCACCCAAGGCGACGGAGGCGCUUAAGAUCACAGGCUAUGAGUUGCAAGACCUGAACGUGGUGGAUGAGGUUAUCCGGGAGCCGAUCGGGGGCGCUCACGCGGACCCCUACCAGGCGUCCAUGAACGUCAAGGAAGUCAUCAUGCGCCACGUCAAGGAGCUCCUGACGUACGACGUGGCCACGUUGGAGUCGAAGCGGCUGAAAAAGUUCCGGUACAUGGGCGCCGUGAACCCGGAGGGGGGCGCAAACAACGCGCGCUGGCACCGCAACAUGAAGCCGCGGGAGGCCCCCUCCAUGGCGGACAAAGUGCCCCCCCUCGAGGAAGUGCCGUUGAUCCUGGCAAACAAGAUGCAAGAAAACGGGCGCGCGGCGCACUCGCCUACACCUGCGGAGGAGGUCGAGUUAACCUCUGCACGGAGUUAGGGUUUGAUUGUAGCGCAACCUUACUAGAGCGACGGGCUGGAUGCAAUGUAAUCAGUUCCUGCUUGGAGAUUGGGGUCGUCAAGCUUUCCAGGGUUGAGGUUGGGUCAAGUAAGGACCUUGACUCGAAUCCCGGAGGUUUAACGUGUGGUCUCGAAGUGGGGGGAUCUUCUCUGCGGGGAUGGUUCUGGCAUCGGGACUCUCGUUCGUGUCAUGGCGGACAGGGUGUCUGCAGAACGGGGUCGAGCUUUUGAAUUCGGACAACGCACUUGACCACGGUCGGUUAGUGCUCUUAUCAGCGGAUUAGGCCAGGAGGUAUUGGAUCUCGGCCAAAAGGGUCGGGCUCCAAAGCGCUCAGCUGAGGCGUGUGCGGCUUUUGAAGAUUUGUACAUUUGCGUGCUCUUGUUUCACGUAAGACCAUCGGGUUGUUUAGGCUGUCCUAUAAGCGAGGGUGAAGGAACUAGUCAAGAUUGUCAGCCAAUGCAUCUUGAAACUACAAGGGAGAAGAGGGCCAGCUGAUUGUCGGCCCUAGCACGUCAUUCUCUUCCCGAUGUCGGAU